AUGGACACAACCCCAAACCGUUGCGCAAAGCAUGUCGACCAAAAGAACGACUACAAGACCCCGACCAAAAAGCCAACACCAUCAAGUGUCAAGAAGCCCAUCGCAGCAUCAACCUCAUCGAGCUUCAUGCCGUCUUCUCCUGGCAACAAGAAGAAGGCGACAAUCGAGCCGAAGAGACGCAAACCAUCAACAAGUAUCUCCGUCAUCAGCGAAACCAGCAGCGACGACGAACUAGCCUUCGAAGCCGUGGAUACGCCAAAACCCAAGGGAAUCAUGAAGCGUUCUACACCAAAGCCAGAGAAGGACACCGUCAAGCCCAACGAAUCUGUCAGUACUAGACGCCUCGCAUCCAAGCGCCCUGUAGUACUUGAUUCUGGAGAUGAAGACGAGGUCACACCUCAGCCUUCAUCGCGCAAACGAGUCCAGUUCCCAAGUCCGACCCCGUCCCGAUAUGGCAACGUCUCCGACCGGCUCAAAGCUGUUGUUGAUGAUACUGCUCAUGCCGCUAAACCGAACGCGAUCCGAGAAGCCCUUGCCACCACGCCUUCCAAGCUUGCGAAGCUUGCGAAGCCCGUCACCACCGCAUCUUCCUCGACCAAAGGCAAGAAGCCGACAAACCACGCCAUCAGCAACGCACUCCAGAAAUCUUUCCCUCCGCCUUCGAAUGAUGGCAAGAAGGGUAGCCCACCAGCUGCUCCAUCCUCCCGACCUCCAACUCCUACGACAAAACCCGGUAAGCAGUCCGCCGCCAAGAAACCAGCCAGCAAGACUGUGAGCCGAGUACGGAGCCCGGAGAUGGGAGAAUCUUCGUCGCAUCCGAUCCCAUCAACCGAAGGAACCAGCAUCUCGCCUCCAACCCGUCCACGUACCGCCGCCACCCCUACCCGAAAGUCACCCCGUACGCGCUACAUUCAGCCCGAACUCCGGGUCCUCGACGGAGCACCAGUCCCUCUUCUUCCCAACGACCCUACCCUCGCUGCGCAAAUGGAGAGUGUGCGUCGAUCCGGUCUUCAGAACGCUGAGGACAUACGUGAGUUACUGCUCCGGGUUGAGGUGUUGGAGAAGGCGCUGGAGGUGGUGGCUGGGGCGGACAAGCCAAAGCAUCAAAAGCGUGAGCAGAGACAGAGGGAGAAAGGUAAAGAGAAGGACAUUGAAGACGAGUUCAUCUUCACUUGA